AUGGGAGGAUCACCUCCUUGCGGCGACUCAGUUCGAGCUGUCAAAGACUACAAACGACAAGCAACCACCUCCAAGAAGUGGCCACCUCCAGUCAAAAAUGAUCACCAGAUCACUUUUUCGGCACUAGAUACCAAGGGUGUCCACAUGCCGCACAACGAUCCUCUCCUUGUCGACCUCGACAUCGGAGAAUGCCUAGUCGCGAAGGUCCUCAUCGAUACCGGCAGCUCAGUCGAUCUCAUCUUUCGCCACACACUCGACAAGAUGGGAGUCGAUUUACGAGAUAUGAAGCCAUCCUCUCGCACGCUCACUGGUUUCAACGGAGCCUCAGAGCAAAUGAUCGGAACAAUUCGUCUCCCAGUAUACGCAGGUGGUAUAACCCGUACCGUCAAGUUCUCCGUCGUUCGAGCCAAAGCACCAUACAAUGCCAUCCUCGGAACACCAUGGUUGCAUUCCAUGAAAGCAGUUCCCUCGACGUACCACCAAUGCGUCAAGUUUCCCGGCAAAGACGGAAAAACACAGACGAUACGGGGAGAUCAACAAGCCGCGAGAGAACUGCCGAUUGCAACUGUAAAGAUGCAGCAACAGGCUUCCCUCGUCAACUCCGUCAGCAAACCACUCCACAAGAUAUACCCCCAGAAGGAGGAAGUUCGCGAAGUCGCAAUUGACGAAUCCGACCCAACGAAAAUCGUCCGAGUGGGCGUCUACCUGUCCGACGACAUAUGUUCAAGGAUCAUCUCCUUCAUCAAAGACAACGCUUCAACGUUCGCCUGGAAGACCUCCGACAUGAAGGGGAUCGACCCCGCAGUUACCUCCCAUGAGCUGCACGUCGACCCGACGUUCAAACCCAUCCGACAGAAGCGACGGAAACUCGGUCCAGAAAGAUCUAAAGCAGUGAACGAUGAAGUCGACAGGCUCCUCGACGCGGGUUUUAUUACCGAACGAGGAAUAGAAGCCAACCCCAAGCAGAUCUCGGCGAUUCUCGACCUUCCAAGCCCGAAAAACAGCCGCGAAGUGCAGCGACUAACGGGACGCAUUGCAGCUCUCAACAGGUUCAUCUCGCGAUCGACCGACAAGUGUCUUCCCUUCUACGAGCUACUAAGGGGAAACAAGAGGUUCCUCUGGGAUGAAAAAUGCGACGAGGCGUUCAAUCAACUCAAGCAUUAUCUCACGACCCCACCCGUUCUAUCGAAGCCAGAAGCCGGCGACACACUAUCUCUCUACAUCGCCGUUACAUCCUCCGCCGUCAGCAGCGUAUUGAUUCGAGAAGAUAGGGGAGAACAGAAACCAAUCUUUUACACAAGUAAAAGAAUGACGGAGCCCGAGACGAGAUAUCCAACACUCGAAAAGAUGGCCCUGGCCGUCGUCACCUCGGAAAGAAAACUGCGACCCUACUUCCAGUCGCACACGAUCGAAGUACUGUCCAACCAACCACUCAGAACGGUUAUGCAAAAUACUAACCAAUCGGGACGGUUGACCAAAUGGGCGAUGGAGCUAAGCGAACAAGACAUCGUUUACAAAAAUCGCAUAGCAGCAAAGUCACAAGUCCUUGCCGACUUCUUGAUCGAGUUGACGCCAGAGCUGGAACAAGACCUCAUCCUACCAAGCGUAAACUGGAUCCUCCACGUCGACGGUUCAUCCACGAGUAAAGGAUCAGGAGCAGGAGUGCAAUUGCAAUCACCAACAGGAGAACUCAUCCGGCAAUCAUUCAGUUUCGGUUUCGCGGCAUCAAACAACGAAGCUGAGUACGAAUCCCUCAUCGCGGGGCUCCGUCUCGCCAAGGCGGUGAAAGCCAAACGAAUCAGCGCUUACUGCGACUCUCAACUCGUCGUCAGCCAGUACCUCGGUGAUUACGACGUCCGCAACGACAAGAUGGACGCCUACCUCAAACUCGUUCCUCGCGGAGAAAAUGUUUGUGCCGACUCCCUCGCCGCUCUGGGAAGCAAGUUACACGACCAGGUCAAAAGGACAAUCCCGAUCCAUAAAAUCGAGAAACCAAGCAUCGAUACGAAGGCAGAACAGGCCGCGAUUAUAGCAGCGAUCAACGACGCGAUGGACAUUGACGAAGCGGAAUCCCCCUCGCCAGAUGAUCACUCAACCGAUUGGCGUAAGGAACUCAUUGAUUACCUCGCGGAAGGUGUACUGCCCGUCGAAAAAUGGGAUGCCCGGCGACUGAAACGACGCAGCACGCACUACGUCGUCCUGGACGGGGAACUACACCGAUGGACUGCAACAAAGGUACUACUCAAGUGUAUCGCCGGCGAAGAAACGAGACUCGUCAUGGCCGAAACACACGAAGGAGCAGCAGGCAACCACUCGGGCGGGCGAGCUCUCGCACUAAAAGUUAAAAACCUCGGAUUCUACUGGCCAACCAUGAACGCCGACUGCGAGACAUACGCGCGCAAAUGCGAUAAGUGCCAGCGUCACGCCAAAACCAUACACAGCCCAACGGAGUUUCUCCACACCUUGACUGCUCCAUACCCAUUUAUGAGAUGGGGAAUGGACAUCAUUGGUCCGAUGCCGGCAUCCCGACAAAAGAAGUUCAUCCUGGUACUCACCGAUUACUUCACCAAAUGGGUUGAAGCCGAAGCCUACGCCAGCAUAACCGACAAGGAGGUACAAAACUUCGUCUGGAAGAACAUAAUCUGCCGACACGGGCUCCCAUACGAGAUAAUCAAGGACAACGGUUCGCAAUUCAUCUCGCAUCACUUCAAGGGCUUCUGCGACAGAUGGCGCAUACGACUCAACAUGUCGACACCGAGAAACCCGCAAAGUAAUGGUCAAGCCGAAUCGACGAACAAGACCAUCAUAGACGGUCUGAAGAAACGACUCGACUUAAAGAAAGGUUGCUGGGCAGACGAACUAGAUGGUGUCCUGUGGUCCCAUAGAACCACUCCUCGCGGAGCGACGAGGACUACACCCUUCUCAAUGGCCUACGGCAUCGAGGCGAUGGCUCCUGCAGAAGUGAACGUGACGAGUCUACGCCGGUCGCGCAUGCCACAGAACACUGAACUCAACCGCGACAUGCUCCUAGACGCACUCGACGAUAUCGAGGAAAAGCGCGACCAAGCGUUACUCCGCAUCCAGAAUUACCAGCAUCAAAUCGAGAGCUAUUACAACAAGAAGGUCAAGUCGCGUCCUCUCGAAAUGGGCAACCUCGUCUUAAGAAAGGUCUUCGAAAACACUAAGGAGUGGAAAGCCGGCAAGCUCGGCGCCAACUGGGAGGGACCAUACAAGAUAGUCGAAGUCAUCAAGCCAGGAGUAUACCGCCUCGAGACUUCGACAGGCGAAGCAGUACCGAGAGCCUGGAACUCCAAACAUCUCCGCCUCUUCCAUCCUUAG